AAAAAAAAAAAAAAAACUGUGUCUAUUUCCGUAUUACUUUUCUCUAUGGGUGUUUCUUUCGUCGUGGUGUGUGAGGAACCCCUGCGUGAGGUCAACCGAGACAACAUCAGCUAGAGAACUAUAUUUGGCACACAGUUCAACGCCGCAAGUUCAAUUAAACAGACAUGGCCGCCAAUGGAAAGUUAGCUCUUCUUAGCGUAUCAGACAAGACAGGCCUGGUGCCGCUUGCAAAGUGCCUGUCCGACAUCGGCCUCGGUCUGGUGGGCAGCGGCGGCACUGCCACGGCUCUUCGCAAUGCCGGGCUCAAAGUGCUCGACGUGUCGGACAUCACUGGAGCCCCGGAAAUGCUCGGUGGACGCGUCAAGUCGCUCCACCCUGCUGUGCAUGGUGGAAUCCUGGCCAGGCUUACAGACUCCGACCAGGCUGAUAUGAAGCGUCAAAAAUUCGACAUGAUAAGCGUGGUAGUCUGCAACCUGUACCCAUUCGUGCAGACGGUAUCCAAGCCCGACGUGACCAUAGCUGAUGCUGUAGAGAAUAUCGAUAUCGGAGGAGUGACGCUCCUCCGGGCAGCUGCCAAGAAUCAUGAUAGAGUGACCAUAGUGUGCGACCCUGCCGACUAUGACAAGGUCAUUCAGGAGCUGAAGGAAACUCCUGAUCAUCAGACUUCUUUAGAGACAAGACAAAGGCUGGCAUUGAAGGCGUUCACGCACACGUCGGAAUACGACCUGGCUAUCUCGGACUACUUCCGCAAGCAGUAUUCCGCCGGCCAGGCGCAACUGACCCUGAGAUACGGUAUGAACCCCCACCAAAAGCCAGCCCAAGUGUUCACGACCCGCGACCGUCUUCCCCUGACUACCCUCAACGGAUCUCCCGGCUUCAUCAACCUGUGUGACGCUCUGAACGCGUGGCAACUGGUCAAGGAGCUGAAGGAAGCCUUGGGCCUGCCCGCUGCCACCAGUUUCAAACACGUUUCACCGGCCGGCGCUGCAGUCGGUCUGCCUUUGACUGAGGAAGAGGCUUCAGUCUGUAUGGUAGCUGACUUACUUCCCAAGUUGACGCCUGUAGCGUGCGCAUACGCAAGAGCGCGCGGCGCCGACCGCAUGAGUUCUUUCGGCGACUUCAUCGCUCUCUCGGACGUGUGUGACGAAAUCACCGCCAGGAUCAUAUCCAGGGAAGUCUCUGAUGGCAUCGUGGCGCCCGGGUACACGGCCGAAGCGAUGGAACUGCUGAAGAAGAAGAAGGGAGGCAGCUACUGUGUGUUACAGAUGGACCCAUCCUACGAGCCGGACCUGAUUGAAAAGAAGACGAUCUUCGGCCUCACUCUGGAGCAGAGACGCAACGACGCCAAGAUCACGAAGGACCUUUUCAGCAACGUCGUGACCAGCAAGAAGAGUUUGCCAGACAACGCGACUAGAGAUCUCAUUGUUGCGACGAUUGCUCUCAAAUACACGCAGAGUAACUCAGUCUGCUAUGCUAGGGAUGGACAGGUGAUCGGUAUCGGCGCGGGCCAACAAUCUCGCAUCCACUGCACGCGACUGGCAGGCGGCAAGGCAGCGCUCUGGUGGAUGAGACGCCACCCGCGCGUAUUAGCGCUGAAACCACGCGCUGGUGUAUCUCGCGCGAUGGUGUCCAACGGAGUCGACAACUACGUCAACGGCACUGUGGGUACCGAUCUGCCCCUGGAUCAGUUCAACGCCUUAUUCGAGAACCCGCCGGCGCCGUUAACGGAGCAAGAGCGUAAUGACUGGGUACAAAAGAUGGACCGCGUGGCGCUCGCGUCUGAUGCCUUCUUCCCAUUCCGGGAUAACAUUGACAGAGCUGUGCAGUGCGGUGUGGAAUACAUCGGCAGCCCGGCCGGUUCGAACAACGACAAGGAAGUGAUCGACGCGUGCAACGAACACAAGAUCACACUUGCGCACACCAAUCUGCGAUUGUUCCACCAUUAACAUGUUUAUUGCCAUGAUCCGCCCAAGUGUCAAAACGUGACAGCUGUAAUUUCGAAAUCCCAUCGCUUUGGCGUUUUCAUCAUCAUCAUCAUCUUAGCCAUAGGACGUCCACUGCUGAACAUAAGCCUCCCCCAAUGUAUUCCAUGUUGCCGGUUGGUAGCGGCCUGCGUCCAACGCCUUCCUGCUACCUUACCGAUGUUUUAUAAAGUACAUAGUUACUUCGAAGGGAUUUCGAAAUUACAACUGUCAUAAAUAUUUUUUAUGUUUAAUUUCUACAUCACCAACUCCAGCGCUUUUCAUGUGCUUAUUCCGUAAAGUGAUCCUGAAAUUAUUCUGUCACGAUUAUUACUAUGUUUAGGAUUGUAAUAAUAACUAUAAGUACAGACAUACCUAGGAUAAUGCCUUUGGAUAUUUGGGCAACUAAAAAGACACUUGUCGUGGUGACUCAAUAAGUAGAUAGUUUCUAUUGGUUGUUUUUAUUGUGUUAAAUUAUAAUUAUAAGUUCACUCCGGCACAUCAUCUGCCAUAAUUAUGAUGAACUUUAUAUCU